AUGGGGGACUGGAGCCUGCUGGGUCGGCUGCUGGAGAGCACCCAGGAGCACUCCACAGUGGUGGGGAAGGUCUGGCUCACCGUCCUCUUUGUCUUAUGUAUCCUGGUGCUGGGGGCGGCUGCUGAACGGGUCUGGGAUGAUGAGCUGUCUGGCUUCUCCUGUGACACCCAGCAGCCUGGCUGCCAGAAUGCCUGCUACGAUAGCACCUUCCCUAUCUCCCACCUCCGCUUCUGGGUCCUGCAGAUCAUCUUCGUCUCUACCCCCAGCCUCGUGUACCUGGGCCACAUCCUGCACCUGGUGCAUCUGGAGAAGACACAGCAGGAAGCGACAGCACUGGCUGGCAGUGCAGCUAGGCGUCAGCGUCUCAGGCAGCCCCAGGUCCUUUCAGGGGACACACAGGGACGGGUCUGCAUGCGGGAGGCCAUUCUGAGGACAUAUGUCUGCAACAUCGUCUUCAAGGCGCUCUUAGAAGUGGCCUUCAUUGUGGGCCAGUAUGCCUUGUACGGGUUCAAGAUGAAGGGCCUCUACAGCUGCAGCCACUGGCCCUGCCCUAACACUGUCAACUGCUACAUCUCCCGGCCCACUGAGAAGACCAUCUUCAUCCUCUUCAUGUUGGGUGUGGCCUGCAUAUCUCUGCUGCUCAACCUGGUGGAGAUCUACCACCUGGGUCUCACCAAGUGCCAGCAGAGGCCAGGUCCCAAGUCCCACAUCCUGCCCAGUCCUGGUGGCCCUGUGGUGCCACACAGCACCUCUGUCACCCUGCCUGGCAGUGGCAGCCCCAUGGCUGCUGGCAGAUCCCCCCAUGGCCUUGCACCCCUGGAGAAGGCAGGUGCAUGGCUGGGAGUGGCCAGUGGAUCACAUGGGAAGGCAUGA